UAUAAGGUGACAUUGAGCUACUAGUCAGUUGUAGAAUAUUACAAUUAGCUAGACAAAGAGACAGUGUCGUAACGUCGCCCUGCACAGCCAUAUCAUGGCAAACCAAGGAUAUUCGGACAAAGUUCUACGUCGCGGCGUGGAUUAUAAAUCCAUGUUUCAUCCACAAGUCUAUCUGGACGAUUAUUAUGGGCCAGGGGUACCACAGUCAGCCGUUAUAAAGGAUUUCCUUCACAGUUUGUUCAACACUGGGAACAUUAACGGAGAUCGUCUGCUAGAUUUGGGCAGCGGGCCUGUAGUUAGCAAUCAUAUCAGUGCCGCAAAGUGGUUCAACGAGUUGAUUUUCAGCGACUACGCACCCGGCAACAGAGACGCGUUGAGAAAAUGGAAGAAUAACGACGUGGAUGCAUUUGACUGGGACCCGGCUUUUAAAUAUGUGGCAGCUCUAGAGGGCGAUGUAACCAAGUGGGAGGAAGACAGAGAGAAUUUCCGCAGAAAGAUGUCUGCGAUUUACGAUUGUGACGUACAUAACGACAACCCGCUACAUCCGGUGACGUGUCAACCCUUUGAUUGCGUCACAAGCUUCUUUUGCCUAGAGGAAACAUGCGCAGAUGAAGAAGAGUUUUGUCGUGUAAUAAGAAAUGUGACGUCAUUACUUAGAGAAGGCGGAGUACUCAUUCUACUGAAUGCUGUUGGUCAAAGCACUUUCAAAUGUGGUGAUGUUUACUUUAGUUCAUUGUCUGUUGAGAAAAAUGAUGUCAUCAAAGCAUUGGAAAAGGUGGGCCUGAAAGAUAUUUCGUGGCAUAGCUUUCAAGCUCCACCAAUGGCUGGUCUUUCAGAUUCUGCUCAAUGUUAUGUGGUAGUGGCUAAGAAAUAA